UUGAAUCUCCAGCUUCGAGCUUAUUGCUUGUGCAUCUCCUCCGCCGUCUCGACCAUGAGCGCUACCGUUGCCACGUACCCUGUCGUCUCGCUCGGGGCGCUGCGCAAGACCGCAGCUGCGGCGCCGCAUGAGCGCAUCGCGCUGGUGCUGGACAUGGACGAGUGCUUGGUGCACACCAAGAUUCUCUCGGCGACGCCUGAGACGUACCGCCAGGACGAAGCUCGCCCGACCUCGACCGCCGAGGACUACCCCGAGUCGUUCCAAGUGACCAUGGAAGACGGCGAGCGCGUGAUUGUCAACAAGCGCCCCGGCCUCGACGCGUUCUUGCUCGAGGCCAGCCAGCACUUUGAUCUGUACGUCUUUACGGCCGGCCUCGAGAUCUACGGCAAGCCGAUUCUGGACGCGCUCGACCCAACCAACACGCUCUUCAAAGGUCGCUUCUUCCGCACGUCGUGUACGCAGAAGAGCGGCUUCUUCAUGAAGGACCUGCGCUCGAUCCGGUCGGACCUCUCCAAGGUCGUGCUCGUGGACAACAACCCGGUGUCGUUCUUGCCGCAGCCGAGCAACGGGAUUCCGGUCCCAAGCUUUUACGACGACGUGCAUGACAAGACGCUCGAGUCGCUGACCAAGGUGGUCAUGACGCUGCGCGACGUCACGGACGUCCGCCCGCGUCUCCACCAGCUCUUUCGCCUCGCGGACCUCCUCGCCGAGCACCGCAAGCUGCUUUGGUGCAUGUGAGUGUGUAUAUUAUUAUUGUACCGAGAUUAUUUAGACGGACCGUAGCUAUAUUGAGUAGCGUAUUUAAAAAAUCAACUGUUUUUGUACUAUUCCAU